AUGGCGGAUGCUAUUUAUGAACCACCCAUCAAGGUCAUCAUCGAUUCUUCAAUGAUCACUAAUGAAGAACAAAAUGGCCACCAAGCUAAAUUGGCCAGUCCUCCACCACCCUCCAUUUUAACUAGGCUACAUGCGGGUUACUUCAGAAUAAGCCUCUCUCUUGCUGCUCAAGCUUUGCUAUGGAAGACAUUGAGCGCUCAUACAGCUGAUUCACAGGCUCUUCAACACAUACUUCGUAUGGUCCCUUCAACAGCUUUUCUUCUUGUAUGGUGGAUUGCUCUAUGCACUCUCNCACAGGCUCUUCAACACAUACUUCGUAUGGUCCCUUCAACAGCUUUUCUUCUUGUAUGGUGGAUUGCUCUAUGCACUCUCAUUCUUCUCUCUCUUCUCUACUUUAUGCGGUGCAUUUUUCAAUUUCAUUUGGUGAAAUCAGAGUUUUUGCACCAUGUUGGAGUGAACUAUCUGUUUACUCCAUGGAUUUCAUGGCUUCUCUUGCUUCAAUCCGCGCCAUCCAACGUUCCCAACACUGUUUCCUACCCAAUUCUAUGGUGGAUUUUCAUACUUCCGGUAAUCAUUCUUGAUGUCAAAAUCUAUGGACAGUGGUUCACCACUGAGAAACAGUUCCUAUCAAUGGUGGCGAAUCCUAGCAGCCAGCUUUCGGUGGUCGGAAACUUGGUCGGAGCCUGGGCUGCAGCUCAGAUGGGGUGGAAAGAGAGCUCUGUUUGCAUAUUUACAUUGGGUGCUACUCACUACUUGGUGGUUUUUAUUACACUUUAUCAACGUUUAUCGGGUAGUAGUCGAAUUCCGGCGACACUCAGGCCUGUUUUCUUCUUGUUCGUGGCUGCACCAAGCACGGCGAGCUUAGCUUGGAAAUCCAUUUCUGGCACUUUUGAUACAGUAUGCAAAAUGCUCUUCUUUCUGUCACUUUUCCUCUUCAUAUCUUUGUUAGAUUCCAACACAGCCUUACACAAGAUCUGUCCUUUUAUUUAG